GGUAAGCCGCGUUGUGCCGCCGAUUGGGUGCCAUUUUCACUAUAAAAACAACGGCCGAUUCUACGAAAAGUUUCCAAUCCUGUGGAGUUUAGCUAGCUACAGCGGCUGCGAACGUUUUUCUCCCAAAGUCGAUCGAAAUGUCCGAUCGAGAUUACCGUGGUGGCGGAGGUAGGGGUGGCGGCGGCGGAGGAGGAGGUGGCGGAGGAGGUGGUGGUGGCGGUGGCGGCGGUGGUGGAGGCGGAGGCGGACGGCACAGGUCUCGGUCCCGGGAGCGACGCCGUAGCCGUUCCCGGAGCCGCGAACGCCGGAGAUCCCGGUCCCGCUCGCCGUACCGGAAGAACCGGUCCCGCAGGCGCAAGCCCUCCCUGUACUGGGAUGUUCCGCCGCCGGGUUUCGAGCACAUUACUCCCUUACAGUAUAAAGCGAUGCAGGCCGCCGGGCAGAUACCGGCCAACAUAGUGGCAGAUACACCGCAGGCUGCCGUUCCCGUUGUAGGUAGCACCAUUACGCGCCAGGCUCGGCGACUGUACGUCGGCAACAUACCGUUUGGCGUGACGGAGGAGGAGAUGAUGGAGUUCUUCAACCAGCAGAUGCAUCUUUCGGGUCUAGCGCAGGCUGCCGGCAAUCCGGUGCUGGCCUGUCAGAUCAAUCUGGACAAAAACUUUGCCUUCCUCGAGUUCCGUUCGAUCGAUGAAACCACGCAGGCAAUGGCGUUCGAUAGCAUAAACUUUAAGGGGCAGAGUCUGAAGAUACGCCGACCGCACGAUUACCAACCCAUGCCGGGUAUGACGGAUUCAGCGGCAGUCAACGUUCCGGAAAAAUUCUCCGGAGUCAUCAGCACGGUGGUGCCAGAUUCGGCACACAAAAUCUUUAUCGGUGGGUUGCCGAACUAUCUGAACGAAGAUCAGGUUAAAGAAUUGCUACUCUCGUUCGGUCAACUGAAAGCGUUCAAUCUGGUCAAGGACGCUGCAACCGGUCUCGGCAAGGGUUACGCGUUUGCCGAGUACGUGGAGAACUCGAUUACUGAUCAGGCAAUUGCUGGACUGAAUGGUAUGCAGCUCGGAGACAAAAAGCUAAUAGUGCAGCGGGCCAGUGUGGGUGCAAAGAACGCGAACGCGACGGUGGUGGCUCCGGUUCAGAUUCAGGUUCCGGGUUUGUCGUUGGUUGGUUCGUCGGGUCCCCCGACCGAGGUACUGUGCCUGCUGAACAUGGUCACACCCGACGAGCUGAAGGACGAAGAGGAGUACGAGGACAUCCUGGAGGACAUUCGAGAGGAGUGUAACAAGUACGGUGUGGUGCGGAGCGUGGAGAUUCCACGCCCGAUCGAAGGCGUCGACGUGCCCGGCUGUGGCAAGGUGUUUGUCGAGUUUAAUUCAAUCGUCGACUGUCAGAAGGCACAGCAAGCACUGACUGGACGAAAGUUUAGCGACCGUGUCGUCGUCACGUCCUACUUCGAUCCAGAUAAGUACCACCGGCGAGAAUUCUAGGUAUUUCACGGCCAUCACGCAGCAAAACGGGAUGCGUUCCACGGAUAUGACGGAACUUGUGUGACGAUCGCUCUCACGGGGCGAAACCAUAGUUUUACAGAUCCGCUCGAUUUGCUCGACGUAAAUUUAAUUUGCUUUCUCUCCGAUUGGCAAUUGCAGACGAAAGUUUUUAGAAAAUUUCCCACAACACCUGCCGAACAUCUUUUUGCUGCUUUUCCAGCAGUACAACAGUAUCGUCCGAUGGUGUUGAAUAUUGACGUGCAAACAAAAAAUCAGCGAGCAUUUCCGAUUGUGGCCAGCCGUGGCCGGUUGCAAAUGGUUGGAUUUUGGGUUUCAAUAUGAAGCAACACUUUUAAAACAGAAAACCAAUUGAUAUAUAAUCCGAUCGAUGGUUCCCGGCCACCGUGGAGGUGGGAAGUCUGUCAUGUAACGUAGGAUGGCCCAUCGGGCCACCAUCCUUCGGUGUGUAGUAUAUUUGCAGCGAUUUUCAGGGCACGGCGCAUAUAGGGUAAUCAUUUCUAGCCACGUAAGAGACACACGCCAAGUGGUUCGCUAAUGUGAAUCGAUUACUGCGGAAAAAUUUUCCUCCUUCCGACUCUCGGACACCAAA